AUCUUCAUGUGACCACAAGGAGCCAAAGUCCGUGACCAAAAAAACUUGAUUCCUCUUAGCCAGAGUCCACAAAUGUGUACCACUUCUCUGUAAAGUACAAAGAAAACAAGACAGUCACAGUUUACUAAACAGAACAAUGGAGCCCCAAGAAAACUGGAAUACAUCUGAGAAAUCAAAGUUGUUGCAGCCUGGGCCACCACCGUACCAGGACCAUUCUGGAUACCCUCCUCCAGGGAGCUUCCCGAGCACCUCUGGGUAUCAAGCCCAGCAAUAUGGAGCUUCAGGACCAUACGGCCAAGGACCAUAUCCAGGUCAUCCUGCUGUCACCGUGCAGCCGGCAGUUUAUUUGACCAACAUUCCACUGGCCUAUCCACUGCCAGAUUACCUGGGCUAUUCCAUCUUUACCAUGCUGUGCUGCUGCUUACCUCUGGGCAUUGUUGCUCUAAUUUACUCUAUCAAUACUCGAAAUGCCAACAUGUCCGGACAACAACAAAUAGCAGAGAACAACUCCAAAAUGGCGCUCACUGUGAACAAUAUUGCUCUUGGUAUUGGCCUUGCCCUCUUUGUGGUGUAUAUAGUCUGCGUCAUUGUGGUGUCUGUAAAUGGUCAGCAAGAAAUAACACCUCCGUAAUUGUCUAAGAUAUCAUAAUUGGACACCAGGAAUGAGGGCUUUCCAAAAAUAACAUUAUAAUAACAUUAUGUAACAUUAAUACCACAAGUAUAAUUUUAUAACCACAUUGUAAUGCUUUUUAGACUACAAACAAACUAUUGUGCUCUUUCAUAUGAUUGACUAUGUUUGAUCUGUCUGGCUAAUCUCUAAUGUAAAAUUAUUCAUGUAACAAAAACAUGCUUCAAAGUUUAUUAUCUUAUGUUUCAAAACAAUUCAAACUGUGAAUGUCAAAGUAGAUACUGAUUUUUUUUUCCUCCGUUCUUUAGAUUAUAUUUAAUUAAAAUGUUCAAUGACCAAAAA